AUGCGGCGCCGGGUGGUCUCGGCUCCGGGGAAGGUGAUCCUGCACGGGGAGCACGCCGUCGUCCACGGCAAGGUGAGCGGGGGGGGGGCGGAUCGGGGCCUCGCCUCAGGCCGAGCCGCCGAGCGGGCCGGGGCGAGGCGGACAAGGCGGCGGGAGGAGCGCGCCUCCGAGGGCUGCCCCAAGGGAGACCUCGCCCGCCUGCACCGCCUUCGGGGUCUUUCUCUUAUCCCCUUGGGCCCGCUUUCCCGCCUGCUCUUGCGCUGUCUUCGCGGCGCUCUUUUCCAGGUCUGCUCAAAACCCUGCCCGGAUAUGCAGAAUGUUGGUGUGUGUCUUCACUUAUCAUUGAUUUUAACUAUUUUUGAAUGUUUUAAAUAGUUGUUUUAAACUGUUUUUACUGAUGAUAAUUCUAUUUCUCGUUCCUUUUAUAAACUGCUUUGUUUAUUUUUAUUUUUUACAAACAAGUGGUAUGUAAAUUUUAUGAAAUAAAUAAAAAGUAAGCAAUGGCUAUAUUGCAAAGCCUAAUUUGGCUUGGGACCUCAGCUAGCUGCCGGGACUCCAAAGUCUUCAUCCGAGGCUCUGCUCAAGUGCCCCCUUCAAGAGGGAGUUUCAGGGGGGGCGACAAGGGGGAAGCGGUUGCAGUCGCCCAUUUCUGCUGCACCCGCCCAAGCAAGCUCUGCUGGCACUGACUCUCCUACCUUUUUGGCAGCAGGUUAAGACUUCCUCUAUUCCCAGGCAUUUGGUGGGCUAUUGAUUUUUGCCAUUUUUGCAACCGGCCCUUUGUGUUGUUGAUUUUUCAGGGCUUUAUGUGAGGGUUUAAGUAUUGGACAGUCUUAAGUUUUAUUUUGUGUGUGUUUUUAUACUACUUAUAAAUUCUGAAACAGCAUUGUAGGAGGCAUUUUAAUAUAACAAAUAAUACAAACAGUGCACAGAAUAAAAGCAAUCCCAGAGGAGUGAUGUAUAAAAACAGCAUAACAUGAUUGGCUGGGGAUGAAUUCAGAUUUAGGUUGCCCAUCAAAACCCCAUCCACUAGAGAGGAAGCCCCAUUGAAUUAAAUAGGAUUUACUUCUGAGAAGAUGUAGUUAGGAUUGCCCAACAGAAAACCUGAAAAACAAGAAGGCCUUUGCCCAGUGCUGAAAAGACAUGGAAGGAGGUGUGAGCCAAGUCUCUUCAGGGAAUAUGUCGCAUGAUGUGAGGCACUCCACAAACAGGCUCAGAUGAAGAUCUUCAACUCCAUUUCCCAACAUGUUAUGAUGAUUGAUAAUUAUUAUUUAAUGAAUGUCUACCCCGCCCUUCCUCCCCAAGGAGUCCAGGGCGGCAAACAGGUACACAAUUUAAAAACAAAAAGCAGAAACAUUCUAAAAAUAUAUUUUUAAAAUUACAAUAAAGAAUGCCUAAAAGCAGUUACAGUUUAUUUAUUUCAUAACAUUUACAUGCCAUUUGCUUAUUAAAAGAAAAAAUCUCAAACCAGUUAAAAUCAGAAUUGUAGAGUUGGAAGGGAUCCCUAAGGGUCAUCUAGUCCAAGCCCCUGCAAUGCAGGAAUCUUGACUAAAGCAUCCAUGACAGAUGGCCAGCCAACCCCUGUUUAAAAACCUCCAAGGAAGGAGAGUCCAGCAGACGUCUGGUGGAGCGCGAUUCUGCCGCAAACGGGGAUUUCUCUGAGAGAGGAUCCCGUGCUAUUUCGGAGAGAAAAGGGCGCUACAGGGUGCAGUAGCCCCUUAAAAAACCUCUGGUGGGUGUCCAGAGUGUCAGGUUCCCAGCGGUGCCAGAAGCUAUCUGCCCGGCCGUCAGGUAACUCCAAAAAGGAGCGAAGAGAACGGCGGAGCGGGAUAGCGGGCUAAGGGAAGCCAUUAUCUAGCUCUGAAUAGCGAAGCCCCGAGCUUGCAAGUAAAGCGCUUCGCUCUCAAAUUCAAGAAAUUCGGCUCCAAAUUAAUACAAGCGGAAAGAUUUUGUCUUAAGAAAGGAUCUGAAAGACAGAAAGAUAACUGCGGAGUUCAGCUGUCAUCUGGAAUCAGCUCAGACGCAGCGCUACGCGCAGAGCGGCAAAAUCGAAAGUGAGUUGCCGCUAGCGGCUAUUGUUUCUUUCUCUCUAUCAACUUUUCUAAAGUAACUCUUCAAGAAGUUACAAAGUACUAAAUGGUUAUCAAGUUUAAGAGGGAACAGAAAGCUAAUAGGUGAAAAUAGAGGUUUUCGAUGUAACGGAGGAGAAAAUAGAGGGAAAAUGCUUUUCUACUUUCAUUUUUAAAGAACAAAGAACUGCAGACGGAAGUGGAGUUCGACUCCAUUGUAAAACUUUAAAAGAACAUAGUUGGGACAGAGAUCAUAGAAUCAUAGAGUUGGAAGAGACCACAAGGGCCAUCGAGUCCAACCCCCUGCCAAGCAGGAAACACCAUCAGAGCACUCCUGACAUAUGGUUGUCAAGCCUCUGCUUAAAGACCGCCAAAGAAGGAGACUCCACCACACUCCUUGGCAGCAAAUUCCACUGUCAAACAGCUCUUACUGUCAGGAAGUUCUUCCUAAUGUUUAGGUGGAAUCUUCUUUCUUGUAGUUUGGAUCCAUUGCUCCGUGUCCGCUUCUCUGGAGCAGCAGAAAACAACCUUUCUCCCUCCUCUAUGUGACAUCCUUUUAUAUAUUUGAACAUGGCUAUCAUAUCACCCCUUAACCUCCUCUUCUCCAGGCUAAACAUGCCCAGCUCCCUUAGCCGUUCCUCAUAAGGCAUCGUUUCCAGGCCUUUGACCAUUUUGGUUGCCCUCCUCUGGACACGUUCCAGUUUGUCAGUGUCCUUCUUGAACUGUGGUGCCCAGAACUGGACACAGUACUCCAGGUGAGGUCUGACCAGAGCAGAAUACAGUGGCACUAUUACUUCCCUUGAUCUACAUGCUAUACUCCUAUUGAUGCAGCCCAGAAUUGCAUUGGCUUUUUAGCUGCCGCGUCACACUGUUGGCUCAUGUCAAGUUUGUGGUCAACCAAGACUCCUAGAUCCUUUUCACAUGUACUGCUCUCAAGCCAGGUGUCCCCCAUCUUGUAUUUGUGCCUCUCAUUUUUUUUGCCCAAGUGCAAUACUUUACAGUUCUCCCUGUUAAAAUUCAUCUUGUUUGUUUUGGCCCAGUUCUCUAAUCUGUCAAGGUCGUUUUGAAGUGUGAUCCUGUCCUCUGGGGUGUUAGCCACCCCUCCCAAUUUGGUGUCAUCUGCAAAUUUGAUCAGGAUGCCCUUGAGUCCAUCAUCCAAGUCGUUGAUAAAGAUGUUGAAUAAGACCGGGCCCAAGACAGAACCCUGUGGCACCCCACUAGUCACUCUUCUCCAGGAUGAAGAGGAACCAUUGAUGAGCACCCUUUGGGUUCGGUCAGUCAGCCAGUUACAAAUCCAGAUCAAAUAUCUUUCGAGACCGGCUUUUUUUCUUACUUGAUUUUUGUGGGUCUUUAACUGCAAAAAGGAAGAUUGACAACCCAGCCACCCAAGGUCGUAUUAUAAAUAUUUUUAAGUAAUUGGGACUUUAUUUACUAUGCCACGUUAAACUGGAUUUAGGACCUCUAGUGGACGGAAUGAGAUAGAACAACUUGUUUUUCUUGCCUCUCUUCUGUUGUCAUAUUAGUGGAUGGGACUUUAUAUGGAAAAAACUACGCUUCUUCCUCUUUUUUCUGUUAUUUAGUGAACUUUCCUCUGGGAAUUUUUACAGGAGUUUGGAUAUAAUUUUUGAAAAAUGGACUAAAUAGUGUUCUAAUCUUCGAAUCCUCUCUUCUAUGGAACUGUGAUUUUUUGCAUAUUUCCAUUUUCUGGAUUAAUUUUGAUUUUAAGUUCCUACCUCUGGUUGAAUGCCUGUGGAGUAUUUGGAUUAAUUUUGGUUUUGGUUUUGAUUUUUUGGAAUAGGUUUGAAAGCUUUUGCUUUUUAAUUUUUAACUUUGGGUGGUAGAAUUGGAAUAUCAAAUUUGGAAUACUAGACUUGGUUAUCAAGAAGCAAGCCUUAUUGGAGGAUUAGCCUAAUUGGUGGCAGAAGAUUGGUCAACUUUGGUCUUUGCUUCAAUCCUAUUUCUCAUUAACUCUUCAUUUGUUUUAAUACGUCACCAAUGGUUCUAUUAUUGAUUUCUAAUUAACCGAUAAUACGAUUCUUAGAAAACACUGUAUUAUACAUUAUAAAUUACAAGUUUGAAAUUGGUUAAAAUUUUAGAAAAAGUAGAAAAUUAGAAAAGUAGAUUUGAUAUUUAUUUAAAUUCAGGCUAUUGUUGUAUUAGGAGGUAUUUGGGGACAGUUGUUUGAUUUAUUUACUUUGCGAUAUCGGGGGCCUAAAAAGUGGGUGUGGGGAAAAUUUCUGUUUGAUACCCAUUUUUUUAAGAUGUCAUUCCCGCCGAAGAAAGGGGUUGAUGGGGGGACGCCAACAGAAAGGAAAGGCUCUAAACAAGAAUCGGACUUUAAGGCAGAAAUUUUGAGAAUGUUUGCAGAAUUUAAACAAAGUGAAAAGAAUUUAGAAUCAAAAUUAGAACAAGUUGACAAUAAGAUUGGGAAAAUGGAUAAAAAAAUUGAUGAAACAGUUAAUGAACUGAAAGGACAAAUAAAAGACGUAACUAAGAGGACACAAUCUUUAGAGGAAGGACUGAAGAAGACAAAAUUGGAAAUGAAAGAAGUCAGACGAGAGGAAGAGAAGAUUAAAGUGGAGAUGUAGGAAUUAAAUAGAUCACAAGAGGAAAUCAAAGAUUUGAUUGCUAUGAAUGAAUUGAGACAGAGGGAAGUCAAUCUGAGAUUUAGAUCUGUGCCGGAGACACAAGGUGAAAAUAUCAGAGAGAAAUUAAUAACGGAAAUUGCACAAUGGAUGGAGGUUCCAAUUGAAGAUGUUGCAAAAACAGUACAAAGUGCAUUCAGAAUGAGAGUAAGAACACCUAAAGCAAGAAAAUUUCCUGGAGACUGCCUAAUCACCUUCAAAGACAGAGAAAUGAGGAAUUUGAUACUACUAAAGAAUAGAGAGAAGAGACUUAAUAUAGAUGGGGAUUACAUAAUUACUUUUAAAGACAUCCCAAUUAGACUGUUGAAACGAAGAGACCCAUAUAAACCAUUGGUACAGAAUUUGAAGAAAAAUAAAAUUGAACUCAGAUGGGAAUUUCCAGAAGGAAUCUCUUUUGCCUAUAGAGGGAAAAGGCACAGAUUGACGAAUCCAGAAGAUACAGGAAAAUUUCUGAGGAAGUAUAAGGAACUAAGAACAGAAGAGGAAGAAGCUAAAGGCGCAGAAGGAGGAUUGGAAUUGGAGGAAGAAGAAGAAGGGAACGGAAAGAAGACAGAAGAGGAAGAAGAAGAAGAGGUAGAAGAAGUAGAUAGGUUAUAGGAAAGUUAAACAAAUUUACGGUAUUUUUCACUCUAUAAGACGCACCAGACCACAAGACGCACCUAGUUUUUGGAGGAGUAAAACAAGAAAAAAAUUAUUCUGAAUCUCAGAAGCCAGAACAGCAAGAGGGAUCACCGCACAGUGAAAGCAGCAAUCCCUCUUGCUGUUCUGGCUUCUGGGAUAGCUGCGCAGCCUGCAUUUGCUCCAUAAGACACACACACAUUUCCCCUUACUUUUUAGGAGGGAAAAAGUGAGUCUUAUAGAGCAAAAGAUACAGUAUUUAAUUAGAAACCAUCAUGGCGCUAAAGUUAUGGAAUUGGAAUAUUAAUGGGAUGAACGAGGAAAAAAAACAGAAUAAAAUUGAACAAUUGAAAAUUGAAAAUUGAACAGAAAAAUCUGGACAUCAUAUGUUUACAAGAAACACACGUGGCAAGAAAGCACAGAAAAAUUCUGAUUAACAAAAGAUUAGGAAAUGAAUUUAUAUCUUCGGAUAAAGAGAAAAAAAGAGGGGUUGUUUUAUAUAUUAAAAAUAAAAUUGAAUCGCAACAAAUCUUUAAAGAUGAAGAAGGAAGAAUUAUAGCAGUCCGGAUCAAAUGGCAAGGGGAAAAUUUGAUAAUUGUCGGGAUUACGCACCUAAUGGAAACAAGACUGACUUCUACAAAACUUUGGAAGAAAAACUGUUUGAAUUUAUGGAUCAGAAAAUUAUAAUAAUGGGAGAUAUGAAUGGGGUAGUCUCACUGGAAAUGGACAGAUUAAGAGAUGGAACAUCUAAAGAAGGAAAACUACCUAAGUCUUUCUUUUCAAUGAUUAAGAACUGUAACUUGAUCGAUAUUUGGAGACUUAGACAUCCAUUGGAGAAACAAUUCACAUAUUUUUCUGAACCGAAUCAAUCAAUGUCAAGAAUAGAUCAAAUAUGGGUCUCGAACGAACUGACUCCAAGAAUCCUACAAGUUGAAAUACAAUCUAAAGUAAUUUCAGAUCACAAUCCAAUAAAAAUGGAACUAAAAGGCUUUGAAGAAAGAACAUUCACAUGGAAAAUUAAUGAACAUCUUCUGGACGACCAGAAAAUCGUAGGAAAAGCACAAAAGAAACUAACUGAAUACUUUGUUGAUAACUGUAAUAAGGGUACAAAGAUGAGUGUAGUAUGGGACGCAAGCAAGGCUGUGAUGCGUGGCUUUUUUAUCCAGCAGAAUUCAUUGAAGAAUAAAAACAGAGAAAAAGGGAAAAAGGAAAUUUUAAAGCAGAUAAUGGACAAUGAACAAAAGCUAAUUAGAAAGCCAAAUAACUCUAAAAUAAAACAAGAAAUCAAGACUUUGCAAUCACAAUUUGCAAUGAUAAUAAACAAGGAAGUGGAAUGGAAUAUUAAAAAGUUAAGACAGAGAAACUUUGAGUUUGCUAACAAAUCAGGCAAAUGGCUUGCGUGGCAAAUCAAAAAAAGAAAGGAGCAGAAUACAAUCAAUAGAAUCACUGUGAAUGGCGAAGAGACAGAAAAUCCGAAAGAAAUUAGAAAAGGAUUCUUGGACUUUUACAGACAGUUAUAUAAAAACAAAGAAAGGAAUAACAUGAGGAAAAUUGAGAGAUUUUUAAAAGGGAAAAAGCUGCAAAAGAUCCCGGCAGACAAAAAAGACCAACUGAAUGCCCUAAUAGAAACGGAUGAGAUUAAAGAGGUUAUAAAGGAAUUGAAGAGGGAAAAGGCCCCAGGACCAGAUGGAUUUACAUCAGGUUAUUAGAAAGAGCUAAAAGAUGUUCUGAUGAUACCCUUAAAAGAAGUUAUGAACAAUAUUCUAAAGGAAAGAGACAUCCCGGAAACAUGGAAAGAAGCAUUUAUUACACUUAUCCCAAAACAAGAUUCAGAUUUAAACCAAGUUAAUAACUAUAGGCCUAUUUCAUUGUUGAAUACAGACUACAAAUUUUUUGCAGGGAUUCUAGCAAGAAGAAUGAAAAAGAUAUUAUUAGAAACUAUUCAUAAGGAUCAAGCAGGUUUCCUUCCAGGCAGACAGAUGAAGGAUAAUGCAAGGAAUAUAAUUAAUAUUUUGGAAUAUCUGACUGCCAGGAAUGAGAAACAAGCUAUACUUAUGUUUGUGGACGCAGAAAAGACCUUUGAUAACAUAGCAUGGGACUGUUGAGGCAGGUGAUUAGCUAUGGGAGGAGUUUAUCAGAGCUUGCAGGGCAGCAGUUGAAGGAGGAGCAAAAAGGGUUUUCUUGUGUGUGUGUGUGUGUUUCUUUGUGGCUGAUUAGCUGCUCUCCCUGUGCAAAGGUCAGAGGGGGCAGGGUUUCUGUUGAGGCAGGUGAUUAGCUGUGGGAGGAGCUUAUCAGAGCUUGCAGGGCAGUGGCGCGCGCAGUUUGAUCCAUCUUUUAGAUUUAGGGGAGCUAGUCUCAAACGUUUGUUGGGGGAGAUCUAGGUUUUUUUGGGGGGGAGUUAUUUGUCCUGUCUUCACGCUUUUUAUGAUGGAGGACCGUUGUAGCCACCCCCAACGACACGUUCUCAAGAUGAAGGGGGAGGGAACAGCUGCAGUCGCCUGCGGUUCCUGCGCAAUGUUUGCCAUCUUGCCAAAGGUUGCAGGCAGCUUUACCUACAGCAAUUGCAUGUUGAUUGCCCUCUUAGAAGACAAAGUCCAGCAACUGGAGGAACGUGUAGCUACGCUCCAAAGAAUUAGAGAGCUGGAGCUCUUCUUGGAAGCAACAGAGCACACCGUCUGCACCAUGGAGGAGACAGGGGACUCCCCUGAGAAGGAGGCUAGUUCACCAACACAGGAGCCAGAUAUAUGGAGAAACGUGACUCAAAGAAGUAGGAGGCCCAGGGUUCGCUCUGAUUGUUUAGAAAUACACAAUCGCUUUGAGGUCCUCUCCCUAGCAUGGAAGACGAAGAGCAGACUCCAUUUGAGGAUCUCUCCUCAUUACAGUCGAUCAGGUAUAUGAAGACGAGCAGCAAAGUCAGUCCUCAGGGAAUGUGCAGGCGACCUUGGAACGGACAGCUCACGGAAGAACCCCGACCAAACCUAAGAGGAGGCGUGUAGUGGUGAUAGGGGAUUCCCUACUGAGGGGAACAGAAGCAGUGAUCUGUGGUCCUGACAAGAUGUCUCGGGAAGUGUGCUGUCUCCCGGGCUAAGAUCCAAGAUGUAACUGAACGACUGCAAGGAAUCAUAAAACCCACUGACAAAUACCCCUUCCUCUUGGUUCAUGUGGGAACCAAUGACACUGCAAGCAAUAGCCUCCAGAAGAUCAAAAGAGACUACGAGGCUCUGGGCAGGAAAUUGAAGCAAUUAAAUGCACAAAUUGUCAUCUCAUCCGUCCUCCCAGUUGAACGACGUGGCCCAGGGAGAGAGGGAAAAUAGUGGAAGUGAACAGCUGGCUUCGCAAAUGGUGUAAACAGGAACGGUUUGGAUUCUUAGAUCACGGACUGCAGUUUCUUGAAGAUGGACUUCUGGCAAGCGAUGGGCUGCACCUCACAACGGUUGGGAGGAAUGUUUUUGCCAAAAAUCUCAGAAACCUCAUCAGGAGGGCUUUAAACUGACUAAUGUGGGGGAGGGAGACAGUGCUCCUGAAGGUAGGAGUCUAUCAAUUGAUGAAGAUGAUCAUCCAAAUGUCAUAGACCAAAUGGAGCAAACAGCACGCAGAUCUAGUGGUGGGAGGAAAAAAUCCUUAAAUAAGAGACACGGGGGAAUGAUUAAUGGACUUCAAUGUCUGUACACUAAUGCGCAAAGCAUGGGAAAUAAACAAGAUGAGCUUGAGCUCUUGGUACAGCAAACUAAAUAUGACAUAAUAGGCAUCACUGAAACCUGGUGGGAUAAGUCCCACGAUUGGAAUGUUAAUAAUGGAGGGAUACUAUCUAUUUCAGAGAAACAUACCAGACAAGAAAGGAGGAGGAGUGGCGUUAUAUGUCAGGGAUGUGUAUACCUGUGAAGAGAUCCAAGAUUUAGAACCUCAAAGCCAAAGUGAGAGCAUUUGGGUCAAAAUUAAGGGAGAGAAGAAUAACAGUGACCUCAUUGUGGGAGUUUACUAUAGAUCCCCAAGCCAAACGGAGGACAUAGAUGAUGCCUUCCUGGAACAGAUGGCCAAGCAUGCAAAAAGAAGGGAGAUAGUAGUAAUGGGGACUUCAAUUACCCGGAUAUUUGUUGGAUGUCAAACUCAGCCAAGAGCAUAAGGUCAAACAGAUUCCUCACUGGCCUUGCAGACAACUUCAUUGUCCAGAAAGUGGGAGAAGCAACAAGAGGAACAGCCAUUUUAGAUCUGGUCCUAACCAAUGUUGAUGACCUGGUUAGUGGGGUAGAAGUGGAAGGAUCAUUAGGCGCGAGUGAUCAUGCUCUUCUGAAGUUUACUAUACAGCGGAAAGGAGCAGCCAAGCAUACUAGGACUCAAUUUCUUGACUUUAAGAAAGCCGACUUCAUAAAACUUAGGGAAGUGCUGGGCAGUCCCAUGGACAGUAAUACUAAAAGGAAAGGGAGUUCAUGAUGGCUGGGAGUUUGUUAAGAGGGAGAUAGUAAAAGCACAACUUCAGGCAAUACCAAUGAGACGGAAACAUGGAAGGUACCUAAAGAAGCCAGGGUGGCUAUCUAAAGAACUUUUAACUGAGUUAAGAUUAAAAAAGGAUGUGUACAAAAAAUGGAAAAGGGGGGAAACUACCAAAGAGGAAUUCAAACAAAUAGCCAGCACGUGUAGACACAAAGUCAGAAAAGCUAAAGCACAGAAUGAACUCAGGCUUGCUAGAGAGGUUAAAAGCAAAAAGUCAGAAAAGCUAAAGCACAGAAUGAACUCAGGCUUGCUAGAAAGGCUUUUAUGGGUAUGUUUGUAGCAAAAGGAAGAACAAAGAAACAGUGGGGUCACUCAGAGGAGAAGAUGGUGAAAUGCAAACAGGGGACACGGAAAGGGCUGAACUCCUCAAUGCCUUCUUUGCCUCAGUCUUCUCCGAUAAAGAAAACAAUGCCCGACCUGAAGAAUUUGAAGCAAAUGAUUCAGCAAAGGAAACACAGCCCAGAAUAACUAAGGAGAUAGUACAAGAAUACUUGUACUAGUUUAGAUGUAUUCAAGUCUCCAGGGCCAGAUGAACUGCAUCCAAGAGUAUUAAAAGAACUGGCAGAUGUGAUCUCAGAACCACUGGCAGUCAUCUUUGAGAAUUCCUGGAGAACAGGCGAAGUCCCGGCAGACUGGAGGAGGGCAAAUGUUGUCCCUAUUUUCAAAAAGGGGAAAAGAGAGGACCCAAAUAAUUACCGCCCAGUCAGUCUGACAUCAAUACCAGGGAAGAUUCUGCAGCAGAUCAUUAAGCAAACAGUCUGUGAGCACCUAGAAAGGAAUGCUGUGAUCACCAAUAGUCAGCAUGGAUUUCUGAAAAAUAAGUCAUGUCAGACUAACCUGAUCUCGUUUUUUUGACACAAUUACAAGCCUGGUAGAUGAAGGGAACACAGUGGAUGUAGCCUACCUUGAUUUCAGCAAGGCAUUUGACAAGGUGCCCCAUGAUAUUCUUGUAAAGAAGCUGGUAAAAUGCGGUCUUGACUAUGCUACCACUCAGUGGAUUUGUAACUGGCUGACUGACCGAACCCAAAGGGUGCUCAUCAAUGGUUCCUCUUCAUCCUGGAGAAGAGUGACUAGUGGGGUGCCACAGGGUUCUGUCUUGGGCCCGGUCUUAUUCAACAUCUUUAUCAACGACUUGGAUGAUGGACUCAAAGGCAUCCUGAUCAAAUUUGCAGAUGACACCAAACUGGGAGGGUGGCUAACACCCCAGAGGACAGGAUCACACUUCAAAACGACCUUGACAGAUUAGAGAACUGGGCCAAAACAAACAAGAUGAAUUUUAACAGGGAGAAAUGUAAAGUAUUGCACUUGGGCAAAAAAAAUGAGAGGCACAAAUACAAGAUGGGUGACACCUGGCUUGAGAGCAGUACAUGUGAAAAGGAUCUAGGAGUCUUGGUUGACCACAAACUUGACAUGAGCCAACAGUGUGACGCGGCAGCUAAAAAAGCCAAUGCAAUUCUGGGCUGCAUCAAUAGGAGUAUAGCAUGUAGAUCAAGGGAAGUAAUAGUGCCACUGUAUUCUGCUCUGGUCAGACCUCACCUGGAGUACUGUGUCCAGUUCUGGGCACCACAGUUCAAGAAGGACACUGACAAACUGGAACGUGUCUACAGGAGGGCAACCAAAAUGGUCAAAGGCCUGGAAACGAUGCCUUAUGAGGAACGGCUAAGGGAGCUGGGCAUGUUUAGCCUGGAGAAGAGGAGGUUAAGGGGUGAUAUGAUAGCCAUGUUCAAAUAUAUAAAAGGAUGUCACAUGGAGGAAGGAGAAAGGUUGUUUUCUGCUGCUCCAGAGAAGCGGACACGGAGCAAUGGAUCCAAACUAUAAGAAAGAAGAUUCCACCUAAACAUUAGGAAGAACUUCCUGACAGUAAGAGCUGUUCGACAGUGGAAUUUGCUGCCAAGGAGUGUGGUGGAGUCUCCUUCUUUGGAGGUCUUUAAGCAGAGGCUUGACAACCAUAUGUCAGGAGUGCUCUGAUGGUGUUUCCUGCUUGGCAGGGGGUUGGACUCGAUGGCCCUUGUGGUCUCUUCCAGCUCUAUGAUUCUAUGAUUCUAUGAUUUAUGUUGAAAAAUCUGGAGUGUAUGGAAGUGGGAAAAGAGUUUUUUAAUGGGAUAAAGGCAAUAUAUACAGAACAGAUUCUGUUCUGUAUAUAGCUAAGUUGAUUGUAAAUAAUGUGACUACGGAAGAUAUUAAAAUAUCUAAAGGAACUAGGCAGGGAUGUCCGCUUUCGCCAUUGCUGUUUAUAACGGUCUUGGAGGUCUUUCUUAAUGCGAUCAGACAAAAUAAAUUAAUAAAAGGGAUAACAGAAUGAAUAUAAAGUUAAAGCCUUUGCAGACGAUCUGGUAAUAACGAUUGAAGAACCAAUAGAAAGUGCAAAAGAAGUAUUAGAGGAGAUUGAACAAUUUGGGAAGGUGGCAGGGUUCAAAUUAAAUAAGAAGAAAACUAAAAUAAUUGCAAAAAAUAUGAAGCAAAGUAUGAUAGAAAUAAUGCAACAACAAACAGAGAUAGAGGUGGUGAAAAAGGUAAAAUAUUUAGGAAUUUGGUUAACUCCUAAAAAUAUUGAUUUGUUUCAGAACAAUUACAUACCAGUUUGGAACGGAAUAAGGAAAGAUCUGGAGGUGUGGGGUAGAAUGAAACUAUCUUUUUGGGGUAGAAUUUCUACGAUAAAGAUGAGCGUUCUUUCAAAGAUGUUAUUUUUAUUUCAGACUAUCCCCAUAAUAAAGGGGGUAAUGAUUUUUAAAGAGUGGCAAAGAACGAUUUCAAGGUAUAUCUGGCAGGGCUAAAAGCCGAGAAUUAAAUUUCAGCUAUUAACAGAUAAGAAGGAAAGAGGAGGCUUUGCCCUGCCAGACUUGAAGUUAUAUUACGAAGCAGCAUGUCUUUGCUGGUUGAAAGAAUGGAUAAAACUAGAAAAUAAAGAAUUACUUGACUUAGAAGGUUUUGAUAACAGAUUUGUACUUAUGUUUUGGGAAGAAGAAAAUUCAUAAAGGCUUUGGGAACCACAUCUUCCGGAGUGCGUUAAUAGAAAUAUGGGAUAGGUAUAAAAACCUAUUAGAACCAAGAGUUCCACACUGGUUAUCUCCGUUAGAAGUUAUGAGUGUAAAGAAAAUUAAUAUGAGAGGUAAAUGGAUUACAUAUGGUGAAUUGAUAAUUAAAGAAGGAGGAAAAUGGAAAUUAAAACCAUAUGGUUUUAUAUGCAACCAAUCAUAAACAUAAACUUUAACUAAUUCAUAUGAAGAGUAUGUUUAUGAUUGGUUGCAUUAUUUUCAGGUUAAUGAAAUGUUUUAAAAAGAUUUUAAAGAAUGUGGUUAUGCAGAAAAAGUUUCAAAUCGAUAUAAUAAACAACGAUUGUAAAAUUCUGUCUUAAAUGUAUAAGAUAUUGUUGGAAUGGCAUAUGAAAGAUGAAGAAGUUAAGUCGGUAUUGAUACAAUGGGCCAGGGACUUCGGUUAUAAUAUACAAUUUGAUGAUUGGGAAAAACUAUGGAAAGAAAACUUAAAAUUUACUGCAUGUAUGGCAUUAAAGGAAAACGUGUUGAAAAUGUUUUAUAGAUGGUAUAUAACACCAGUAAAAUUGGCAAAAACGUUUAAGACGUCUAAUAAGUGUUGGAAAUGCAAAGAAAAAGAAGGAACGUUUUAUCAUAUGUGGUAGGAUUGUAAGAAAGUCAAAAGUUUCUGGGAGAUGAUAUAUAAUGAGUUGAAAAAGAUGUUAAAAUACACAUUUGUAAAGAAACCAGAGGCUUUUCUUUUAGGGAUUACAGGAAACGAGAUAAGAAGAAAAGACUGUAAACUCUUUCAACAUGCAGUUACAGCUGCAAGGAUUUUACUGGCCCAGAAAUGGAAACCAGAGGAAAUACCGACGAUUGAAGAUUGGAGAGUGAAACUGACAGACUAUGCAGAAUUGGAUAAGCUAACUGGGAAAAUUAGAUAUCUUAAGGACCAAAAGUUCAUUGAAGACGGGGAAAUUUGUAGAAUAUCUGAAAAUACAUGUGAUGUGCAAACAACGUUAGUGGGAUUUAAAGAAGCACUGUGAAAUUUGAGAUGUAUUGUCAAAAAUAAUAGAUGUGGGAGGGAAGACCAAUAACAAUACUAAGGAGAAGGAAUGCGUAAUUAAGAGGUAAAGAUGGAUGAUUGUCAAAGAAGCUGAAGGAAGUCCAAAAGAGAGAAUUUGUUUGUUAAAAAUUGGAUAAAAUUGUAUAUUUGUGUUGUAAAACAAUAAAAAUUAUUAUAUUAAAAAAGGAAGGAGAGUCCAGCACCUUCCUUCAUGCUUCCAUCCAAAGAUCUCGAGAAUUCUUCAGCCAUCAAAUGCCCAAGUAAAGAAAAAUGUUUCCAAAUUCCUCCUUAAAGCUAAUAAUGGUGGGCAUUCCACAGUCAGGGAGCCACUACUGGAAAGGCCCUGUAAAACGAAGAAGCUUAUUAUGGCACCAGCUUUUCUGGACUACAGUCCACUUCAUCAGAGGCAUGGAGUGUUUUCCUGAGCUGCAGGGGUAUGUUUGUGUGUAGAUUAGUGAAGCUGGGAGGAAAUAAAAUGCAGAAAAGUGCAGACAGUGAUAAUUAGGCUAUUAACAUUCACAAGACCACGGUGAUAACGUAUUGGUAGGUCAGUUAACACACCUUAGAGUUGGUGAGGUGGACCUUGGUCCACAAAAACUUCUGCCAUAGCAAAACUGCUUGUUUUUAAGGCACCACAAGACACAUUUAUUUCUCCUGCGCAAGUCUAGCAUGACUACCCCACUGGGAAUUGUAACAUUGUGGGGAACGUUAAUAUUUAUUUUUUUGCAAGAGUUAAAUCCAUAUUGAGAGUGGUUGUUUCUUUUUCUCCCUGUACCCGCAAAAUGCACUUGGCAAUGUUUCCUCUCAGGGCGGCGGGGGGGGGGGAGAAACUUUGUCAGCCACAGGUGCACGCUCCCUUCUAGGCAGGCUUGUCCCCUGUCCCCUAACCCAGGCAGGCUUCCGGGGGCCAGUGGUGGGCGGAGCCAGAGGGAAAUGGGUGGAGCAACCCAGGCAACGCUGCCUAGAUUCCACACACUCACACAUCCUCCCCGGGGUCAAGCAAGGGGCCAAGUUGGUCCGAGUUCACAGACCCGUUCCAGCCUGGAAGACACACUCGAGGAAGAGUGCAAACCAGGCCUGGUAAGGGUUGUGUCCUGGGGAGAGUCCCAAGGAGCAGGGGGGCGGGAUCUGGAGGGCACCUGAAGUUCUCUGUGCUGGGGUUUUAGAAAAGGCCUCCCCAUGCCGAUCUCUGUGUGUGGUGCCUUCCCUGUUGAAGGUGUGUGUGACUCCUGCAUAGCAGGGGGUUGGACUAGAUGACCCUCAGAGCCCCUUCCAACUCCACAAUUCUGCAAUUCUAGGUUGCCCUGGCCGUGGCUUUGAACCUGAGGACAUUCCUUCAGAUGACUCUUCGGAAUGAUGGGAAGGUCUUGCUACAUCUGCCAAAUAUUGGGACCAGGUUACACUGGGAAACAUCUGAGCUGGAGCCCUUACUGGCAGCGUUCCCUGGUGAGCACUCUGGAUGCUUGGGGGGUGUUGGGGGGGACUCCUGUUCUUUGCUUCAAUCUGCAGAGAGCCACAGCUGCUUUGGGAGAUCCGUUCCGGGGAGGCCUGAGAUGAGGGUCCCACUGCCCAAUCUCCAGGCAUCCUGUGUGGGCUGCCUGGGGCUGUGAAGCACAGCAGAGGGGCAGGAGCGCAAUGGCAGAGCGUUGACUUUGCACGCAGAAGGUACCAGGCCGAAUCUCCAGGUCAGGCUGGGAAUGUCCCCUGCCCGAAACGCUGUUGCCAGUCCUGCCAGCCCUGAGCUCGAUGGAGCAAGGCUCUGACUUGGGAUGAGAUAGCUUCCUGGGUUCCUGUGGUUGGCCUAGUAAAGGCGUUUCUCUGAUGUCCAUCCUGGCUCUCAAAUUAGCCCCUCUGCCAACCUUAAGACCCUUGAAACAGUACAAUCUAAAUUCUUAAGAUCAUUAUUUGCUACCCCUAAGUGUACACCUAAUGCAGUCUUAAGGCAAGAGGCAGGACUGCCCAGAGUGGAAUUAAAAGUCUGGGAACAAGCAAUAUCCCUCUGGCUGAAAAUCCAUUACAAUCCUAAGGGUCUAUUACCUUGCUUCCUGGCCGCAGUUCCUAUCCUCCUUGGCUUAUGCAAAUAACUAACAAGAUCAAACAAAUUGGCCUAAACCCUGAAAAUAUUUUUAUUGGAACUCUGAACAAGGCAAAAGCUACUAUUACUCGGAGACUUUAUGAUAUCGAAUUACAACAAGAAGGCGCCCUACUCCCAGAGACGUAUAGAUGUUUAAAAGCUUGGCCUAAUUUUACAGCUGCCCCUUACUUAACCAACAUCACUAGCGAAGCCUAUAGAUGGGCUUUCUCUAGAGCCCGCUUUGAGACAAUGCCCUCAGCAGUGCUGUACGGCAAAUUCACGCGGGUUCCAAUGCAUGCGCGUCUCUGCCCUUGUAUGUCUAAUAAGGUAGAAUCUGUCACACACAUUCUUCUAUCUUGCGAAUUCUAUAGUGAAGAACGAGCUCAACUUAUUUUACCGCUUCUAUCAAAAUUUAUACCCCUUCAAUAUUAUUUGGAAUCCUCCCUGAAAUUCUUCGAAAAUACCUCCUGGAAGAUUCCUCAAGCUCAGUAUCAUAUGAGGUGGCUAAAUUUUGCACUUUAGUAAUUAAGAAACGUAAAUCUCUUCUGUUGAAUGGCACACUGCGAAGUUCCCUUGUGUAACCUUUUUUCUUUUCUGAAGUUGUUGCUGAUUUCUUGUUGUCUGAUCUUGGGAUGUUUAGUGUCACUGGCUUUGGCCGCAAUAAACUUGAACUUGAACUUGAUGUCCAUCCUGGAAUAAAGCAAAAUGUGUCUGGUGGGUCCGUCAUGGACCAUUAAGAUGCCUUCCUCUCCAUUGGCUCUUUCUCCAGCUGGCCUGAUUGACUCUCAGCCCCCCAGCCCAGAACAAGUGGAGAAGCUGAAGGAGUUUGUGGGGGCUGCAGAGGGAGCGGCUGCGGCCACACACAGCCUGGCCAUCGUGGCCUUCCUCUACUUGUACUUGUCCGUUGCGUCCAAAUGCGGGUAAGGCUCUUGGGCACCUCCCCCCACUUGUCGCUGCUUCACCCGUGAUUUAAUGCAUUGAUAUUUCUCUCCCAGAGAGCCUUGUAGUGGGAAUUAUAGCGUGUGCCUUGACUGAAGGGCCUAAAAGAGAAGAGAUGCAAAGCAAGAGUGCCUGAAAUGAUAUGGUUAGGAGAAACUGCUCGCGCAGACUGUGUUAAGAAUGUGUCAAGGAAAAGCUCACAUUGAGCAAGUCCUGUAAAUAGUAGGCAUCCUGAUCUUGCAGAAUCAGGCUUCCAGCUCUGUUAAAGCAGGCAUGCUUUUCAUCAGAGAAUGGGACCUAAUUUGUACGCAUGUGGGUGGGUUCCCCAGUGGGGGCCGUUCUGCCCAAGUAAAGUUCCCUUAAACAUCACAAUGCUGUGUCUGUUGAAGAACUCCACCACAACCCUUUAGUGGUGUGGCUCUCUCAAUUCUGAAUCCUGGCUCUCUGCAGUGAAGUGUAUGCUGUAAACUGACCUGUGAUUUUCAGGUGAAGGGUAGUACUGUAUACACAUUCAAUAAUAAUAAUAAAAUAGUUGGAAGCUGUAGCUCAUUUGGGGGUGAGGUGGGGAGCCGCUAACCCACAGACCAAAUUGGGACCCAGCACAGGUCCCAGUUUGGCCUAGAAGGCUAUUUUCCCCAAACCACACUCCCUGGCCCCCCCACCUAGCAUCAUAGUUGACAUAAGGUGUGAGUUGUAGAUAGAGACAGGGCUGGAUCUAUUGCAAACCCUGCCAAAAGCCAUCGGGAAGUCACCGCGCCCAGAUUGUUGGCAGUGACCAGCUGUCCUGGAGCAGCCAGUACCUUCAGAAAGCAGCUUUGAAGUACCUAUGCUCAGCACUUGGUAUAGGGUUGGCAAACUUGUUAUGAUGCCUGAUGAUGGACAGGUGGUAAAGCAGCUGGUUUAUCAUCUGACAUCAUAAGGCCCAGUAAUGGCCUGGUUGGUUAUCCUUGCAAGGAGAACCCCUUGCUUCAGGAGCUGCUGAAGGGUCAUGGCUCAGUGGGAUAGCAUCUGCGCUGCAUUCAGAAGGCCCCAGGUUCCAUCCCCUGCAGCAUCCUGGAUACAGCUGUUGCUGCCAGUCCUUGUAGACAAUACUAGGCUAGAUGGACCCAAGGGUCUGGCUCAGUACCAGCAAGCCUCCUCCGUUCCCGGCUUCCUAUGACGCCAGAGCCAGAGCAAACAGAUUUGUUCUAUUGUCUGUGUGACAGGAUAAUGCAACUCAUUCCAGUUCUUCCUUGUUGGUCCUGCUCAGUAAAUGAUGGAAUGACAGGUGGUUUACUUUUUAUUUUUGUAAUGUUGUGUCUUUCAGGGUUCUUCCAAGCAUGGACAUCCUGGUGUGGUCUGAGCUGCCCACAGGUGCUGGGUUAGGUUCCAGCGCUGCUUAUUCCGUCUGCCUCGCAGGGGCUUUGCUUUCUGGGUGUGGGAUCAUCAGCUACCCUCUGGGCGAGGGCCAGUCUGUAGCCAGGUAGGAGCCCCAGAGAGCUGGGCAUCGUAGAAUCACAGAGCUGUAGAGGCGGAAGGGUCAUCUGGUUCAACUACCUGCAGUGCCAGCAUCUCGGCUGAGAGAUGGCCGUCCAACCAAUUGGGGGGGGGGCGUGAAAUGCUGAUGGAUUCACUUCUACCUCAUUCAGCUAUUUUAUCUGUUCAAUUAUCUGUCGCAAACAGAAACAAAUAGAUAUCAAUAGAUAUUUUUCUUUGCCUAAGUAUAAGAACCUGGAAGAACUGCUUCCAAAUACAACCAGCCAACAUUAUUAUUUAUUAAAUAUAUACCACACCUUUCCUCCAAGGAGCUCAAGGUCCUCUCUCUCCCCCCACAGCAACCCUGCGAGGUAGGUCAGGCUGAGAGGCAGUGACCGGCCCCCAAGGUCAGCCCGCGAGCUUCGUGGCUGAGUGGGGAUUUGAACCCCAUCUUCCCAGGUCCCAGGCCACCACUAAACAACCACAAUAGGCAAUACUGGUCUGCAUGGACAGACUCUGGCAUGGUGUGAGGCUGUUUUCUGCCUUCCAGGUGGGCUGAGGAUGAGCUGGACUUAAUCAACAGGUGGGCCUUCCGAGGAGAGCAGGUGAUCCAUGGGAACCCCUCUGGAGUGGAUAACGCCGUGGGGACCUGGGGUAAGUGCUUUCUCUCUCUGAUUUAACAUGAGAAGAGGCUUCUGGAUCAGGCCUAAGGCGGGGCAUGUAGUCCAGCAACCUGUUCUCACAGCGGCCAGCCAGAGGCCCCAAGUGGGACCUGCCUGCAGGACCUGAGCCCAAGAGCCCUCGCUGUGGUUUCUGGCAACUGGUAUUCAGAAGCUUUGGUGCCUGCAGCUGAGGAGGCAGAUGGCAGAGCCACCAUGCCUAGGAGCCGUCUCUAGCCUGCUCCAUGAAUUUGUCCGGUCCUCUUUUAAAGCGUCCAAGUUUGUGACCAUCACUGCCUCCUGUGGGAGCGAGUUCCGUAGUUGAGCUACGCGCUGUGUAAAUCAUAGAAUCACAGAGUUGGAAGGUACCCUGAGGGUCAUCCAGCCCAACCCCCUGCAAUGCAGGAAUCUCAAAUAAAGCAUCCAUGACAUCUAAUAUUUCCCCCCAGCUCAGGUCACAAGUGACAGCAUGGAAUGGCUUGCUGGAUUUUAAUUCCACUGGUAUCACCACAGUCUCCAUCUGCUACGCUUCUAGAAGCCAUUCCGGGGGGGGGGGGGAGGCGUCCUGCAUCACACGCUGGGGUCUCCCUCACAUCCUAGAUGAAGCUGCCCCUUUGGAACUAUCAGUAGUUAUCUUUCUUCAGAUAUUCAGAAUUCCUUUCCUUCUCUCCCUUGCUUUAUGACAAAGGAGUGACUCAACAUUGCUCUGUAUUGUUCAUUGUAAAUUGAGUUCUUUGUGCCAGAUCAUGGAAAACAAGACAUCUUCUGAAACAGUGUUCCAGUGUUAAGGCUCUUCUUCUCCCCCUCUGUGGAAACUUUUAGGUGGAGCUUUGAGAUACCAGUCAGGAAAAAUCUUGCCGUUAAAAAGGUAAAAGUUCACUCUGAGCGUUAAUGUUUAUGCUGCAUAAAAACUACUUUUAGUGUGAUGAAUGUGGUUAAUAAGCUGCUCUGUGGGAAGGCUGGUGGGUUUCAGACUAUAUUUGCCGGGGGUGAGGAGGUCUUCACACAGAUGCUGGACAAGCCGCCUCUUGGGGGGUUGCUCUACCCCUGGGCUGUCUGCAUGGGGUGGGGUGGGAGACGGGAUGAACUUACAGGGACACUCCACCCCCCACCCCCACCAGCCCUUUGAAAUAAAUAGUUAAAAGCUCUUCGUGAUGGCCACUGCAUGAGAUGGCUGCAAAAGAGAAAUUCAUGAAGGAGGAGGCAAAGGCUCUCGGGGGCUCCUGGCCACUCUCCACCUUCGAAGGUGUUACACCUCUGAUUCCCGGCUGGGCAGGGCAGGUGAGCAGAGUCCUGUGGCCUUCAGGUGCCGCUUGCAGGUUCCCCACAGGCUUCUGGCUGCCCAUUAUGAGAACAGGAGAGGGGACCAGGGGGCACCCACUGGCCAGCCCCAGCAGCAGGGCUCUUCUGGGGCUUUGAUGUUUGAUGGUUCUGCUUUCAUCCCCUUUUUGUGGGGAAGGGCAUUGAAUAAGGUGAUGCAGCUCCAGUGAUGUUAAAUUCCCAUUUAAAAUAGGAGAAUAUUCAUUUCAAUGCAUUGCAUAUAUAAUUAGUUAAUAUACAUGUUUAUUUAUGGGUAAACUUGUUCAGAUGGCAACCAAAAACUACAGAAAACUUUCUUAUUGGUCAGCAGUGUUGACAUAUAGGGAAACUUGUUGUUUGGCAAAGGAACCACAGUGAAAAUAUAUAAGCACAAGCCUACUUGUCACUUGCAAGUAUCAAAUUAAAAGUAAAACAUGUUUUAUAGUUAAAGUUGAAGCAUUCUAAGGUGGUGGCACCAGUAAUUGUCAUGUUAAGGUUUGGUAUAUAGAAACUCGGUAGUUAAAUCAUAUUUUAUUCUUCCAUUAGAACAUGUACAUGUUAUAGGACAAGUCAAAAAAAUACAAUUGGCAUGUUAAGGUUUGAUUCAAGUAAAUUCAGUAAUAGACUAUCUUGUGCUUCUAAUAGCUCUAACACUUAAUAACUGUUUUGGUGACUAAAACACAGCUUGAUGAACAAAACUAUAUGCAUACAUAUAAAAAAGAAGCCAUUAACAUUAAAUAUAUUAUCAUUAUAUGAUAAUAUAUUUCAGUAUAUCAAUCUCUGGUAAAUGGCACCUUGUACCUUUGAAUAGCACUGCAAAAACCAGUUACUGGCACUAAAUAAAACUAUAGAAAUGUCAACUGUUUAAAUCAAGGCCACCUCACAUGCUGUUACACAUAAUUGUAUAGGCCUAGGUACUUUCAGUGUAUAAAGCAUUAAAGCUACUUUCUGUAAAAAAAAAAAAUCACACUGGCCAAGGGUAUAGAAUUGCUAAGAAUAAGGGCACACCAAAAUAGAAAAAAGGCUAUUAUAUAGUUGAAAUACAUAUGAAUUCAAAUGUUCAUCAAAUUAAAUGAUGAAACUUUAAAAAAAUAAAAAGUUUUCUGUUGCUCACAUUUCAGAACUCCCAAUGGUGAAUGACGCAAUGCCCAGUAAUGUAAUGAUAAAAAAAAUCAUUAUUCAUUACUUACACUGACAAUUUCACAGCUUGACUGAUUAUUUACUAGAUUUUUUAAAUGUGGGUUGUAAAACUGGUUCUUACAUUAGAAUUUACAGUUUGUGGAGAAUAUUCUCCGGAGAAUAUUCUCACCUCACAUCACUAUGCAGCUCUGAGUUCGUUUCCCUCUCUGGCACCUAAAAACCUCCACACACAAAGGAUCAAUAUUAAUUCCUCAGCCUUGCGAGAUGCUUAUAGAUGCUCUGACUUUUUGCAAACAAGUGGCAUUUAAGGAAUAACUUGCUUGCUUAAAAUUACAAAGCGUUUGAGGACAGAAUGCAAGGGGUUUCUUUUCAGCCGUUGGCCACCCUGAUCCCUUCUGCCAAUGAACCAUAAUCAGACUCCAUUAAAAUCUUUCGUGGGGCGUGAAAUUGCUCUAUUAGCCGCUAACAUCAGGCGCUGGUUCAUUAUCGCAGAUGGUAUUAGAAAGCAAAGUUAUUUUGGUUCACAAGACGCAGGCCUUUUGUCAGGCAGCUAAAUGGCCUCUGGCGGCACGCUGAGGUAAUUCUAACCACAACGUGGCUCCUAAUGACGUUUAAGCUUUUGGGUCGAGGUCUUGUGUCUUGUGUGAAGUCCUUAAUGGCUGCGCAAUGGUCAUACGAACAAAAGUGACUGGCGUUGGGGGGGGGCUGGUCCUGGCUCUGAGCCUGCAGAAGGCCCCACGUCCGUUGGUGGGGCUGCAUGGGACCCCUCCUUCCUUGAGAGGCACUGCCUGUCAGGAUACACACCACCAGACUCUACAGAAGAGGAUGCUCCAUUAGCUCAACUAGUGUGUAUUUCUACAAACUUUUAAGGCUGAGUUGUAACGGGGGAAGCUGCCUUAUUCCGAGUCAGACCUUUGGUUGACCUAGCUCAGUGAUGUCUGCACUGAUUGGCAGCGGCUCUCUGGGGUUUCAGGCAGAGAGUCUCUCCCAGCCCUGUUUGGGGAUGAAGUCAGGGAUUGGGCCUGAGACCUUCUUGCCAGGCCGAUGCCCUCCCUACCCCUGAGCUCAGGCCUUUUCCCUCUUUCUACCCUGGGAUCUUGGAGGGAGAGCCUAUGAAUACCCUAGAGAAAAUGGGGAACCCAAUAAUAAUAAUAAUAAUAAUAAUAAUAAUACUUAAUAUAAUGGUGUUAUUUCUACCCUGCCCACCUGGCUGGGUGGCCCCAGCCACUCUAUAAGAACAGAAGGGUCUGCUGGAUCCGGCCAAUGGCCCACCCAGUCCAGCAUCCUGUUCUUACUGUGGCCAACCAGAUGCCCAACAUGGGAAACCCACAAGUGGGAUCCGAGCACAAGAGCAGCUCUCCCCUCCGGAGGUUCCCAGCAACUGGGAUUCAGAAACAUGGCUGCCUCUGAAGGGGGGGAGGACAGAGCACAGCCCCCGGGGCUGGGAACCACCCAUAGUUCCUGCUCCCUCACAACAUUUGGCGUCUCCUUCACUUGCAAAGAAUUAAAGUGAAGUGGAAAAACAUGGAGUGAAUUGGCUUGCUUGCCCACGUUGGAGAAGAGACAACAUUUUUUGACUCUGUUCUCCUUUUUUCCUUAGAGUCCCCACUCUACGGAUUUUAUUGACCAACACCAAGGUCCCUCGGAGCACCAAGGUCCUGGUUGCAGGGGUUAAAGACAAGGUGCUGAAGGUAUUGCUUCUGAUACAAAACCAGUAUGGCCUAGUAGUUAGAGUGUUGGAUUACUAGGCCUGGGAGACCAGGGUUCAAGUCCCACUUGGCCAUGACCUUGGGCCAGACACUGCCUCUCAGCCUAACCUACCUUGCAGGCUUGUUGUGGAGGGCUAGAAAUGAGGGGAAGAUCUAUCUAUUGGGUGCUCCUCGAUGGAAGAAAGCUGGGAUAUGAAUACAAUAAAUAAAAUAACUGCCCUUCCAUUAAUUGGGACUCUGAGUCCCCCCAUGAUAUUUUGGUUGGAAAACUGGUUAAAUGCCGGCUGCAUGAGAAAACUGAACUCCAAAGUGUGGUUGUCAGUUAAACUGGAGGGAGGUUUGGAGUGGUAUGCCAUUCUUAGGUGGAGGAAAUCCCUUUUUUCCUCCUGCAGUUUCCUGCCAUAAUGGAGCCGGUGCUGGCUUCGAUUGACGCCAUUUCCCAGGAGUGCGAAGAUGUCCUCAAAGCAAUGGCCGAUCAUCCAUCUCAGGAGCACUACCUUGUGCUGGAGGUGAGGAACCCUUUAUUUACUCCUCUUUGAAACCAGCCAGGAGAGGCAGGACAUCACUGGGAAGAGGCAAAAGCAGAUGGGGCAGUUCCAGCUUGCUAAAUCCAGUGUGUGUGACUACAGAGUGAGGCUGCAGGUGCAGAGCGGUCACAGCGAAGCAACCCGAGCCAGCUGUGUCUUCCCCGUGUCCUCAAUGUCCCUUCAGGUAGCCUGCCACCCUCCCUUGGGUGCAGUGGGCAAGGGUGGUGCCCCAGCCCUGGAGUCAGAUUCAGCCACUUGUCUGGUCAGCUUCUGAGCAUGGGAUGUUGGCAAGGGUGUCACCAUCUUGGCUUCCACCUCUGGCUGUGCCAUGUUUGGGGCUGGCCCCAUGGCUGGGAUCUUGCUGUUGGCCAAAUCCUGUCCCCUCCCACUUCCCAUGUUAAUGUAAGGCCAGAAGAAGAUCCUACUGGAUCAGCCCAGGGGGCCAUGUAGCCCAGCCUACUGUUCUUACAGUCGCCAGCCAGAUGCUCUGAAGGGAAACCCACAAGCAGAACUCUCCCUUUCUGUGGCCUCAAGAAACGGAUCUGCAGAAGCACUGCUGCCUCUGACUACGGAGGCAGAGCAUAGACCUCAUGUGAAUUUGUCCAUUCCUCUUUUAAAGCUAUUCAUGUUGGUGGCCAUCCCUGCCUCCUGUGGCAGCAAGUUCCACAGGUUAACAAUGCGCUGGUCUCUUUCUCCUUCUGAACAGGAACUCAUUGACAUUAACCAGCACCACCUGGAUGUGAUUGGAGUUGGCCAUUCCUCCCUGGACAGAGUCUGCCAAGUCACCGCCUCUCACGGGCUGCAUAGCAAGCUGACGGGCGCAGGGGGAGGCGGCUGCGCCAUCACUUUGCUACGGCCAGGUCAGGAGAUGCUGCACAUCCUGGGGACACUCUUAUUUAUUUGCUUACAAACUUUCAUCUGGGGAGUGCAUAAGCCCGAGUGUGAGCCAGGGAGGCUUGCCCUUGGUUGUGGAGUCACGAGGCUGCCCUUAGGGAUGACCCUCUUGCUGUUUUCUCAUCUGUUACAUGGGGAUAAGCACAGUGGCCUACUUUACAGGGGUGGUGUCCUUGAUGCAGCUUCAUUGAUGUGCACAGUGCUUCCAGAGUGAGAUAAGCGAAGAAAGCAAGUCUUUAAUAAGGACUCCUGUGCUGAGUGGUGGAAGUUCUGCUUUGCUGGUCCAAAGUCCACUACCAGCUAUCUCUCGCCCUGACCUUUUACUGGUUGAGGCUCUGGAGAGCUGCUGCCAGUCAGAGUCGACAACACUGGCCUGAGUUCCUCCCAGCUCUACAGUCCUCUGAUUUUGUGUCUCUAGCCCAGCCAUAACGCCUGAUUCUGUGCAUUUUCUUGGCAGACACUCCUCCUACAAUAGUGGCAGCCGCCACCCAAGACCUGGACGCCUGUGGGUUCGAGUGCUGGGAGACGGACAUUGGGGCCCCGGGUGUGUGUGUUCACUCACCCCCCUCCCUGAAAGCAGAAGUGCAGGCGGUUCUUAGCGGGGUUUAA